GCGCAGCGGAGCGGCGGCGGCGGCGCAGCCUCGGCUCGGCACGGCACGGCACGGCACCGCACCGCACCCCCGGCUCGGCUCGGCUCGGCUCCGCCGCGGGCUCAGCUAUGCGUCGGCUGCUCGGGGACAGGCAGAGACCCCGCCACUGACAGCGGCCGCUCCCUGCGCUCCACAUCACGUUUGUCUGAAGCGGCGGCGGCGGCGGCAGCAAGGAGAAGGACCUGGGCAUUAACUAUCUCGACUUGGAGACUUUGCUUUAUUUUUGGUUCUUGUCCUUUCCCGUGGAACCAGUAGUCUCUCUCGAGCUGAUCCUCCUUUAAGAAAAAAAAAAAAAAAAAAAAAAAAGAGCGAGAGAGGGUGGUGGGGGGUGGGGGGGAAAGAGCAGCUGGAGUUUCUCCUCAGCUCGUUUUGACUUUUGUGGACGUGGAUCAUCUGGACUGGGAAGGGAAGCCGCGCGGCGCUGCUCUCCCCUUUCCCACCCCCUCGCCCCUCCAGCAGCCUGGGCUGCCGUCUCUCCCCCGAGCAGGACGGGAACUUUUAUUUGCAGCUCGCAGCCCGUGGCGAAUGGUGGGCAUCUCCGGUCCUCUGCAGUGUUGCAGCCGGAGCCGGGCGCGGCGGGACCGCCCUGCCCGACCGCAGCCGGGGGCUCUCCGGCAUCAUCGCCGCUCUGGGGAACAGACGCCUCGAAGCCGCUCGGGUUUCACUGGGAGAGCAGCCCUCCAUCUUCCGAUCCGCAGCAGGCUCUGCCCGCCAUCCCCUCCUACCUCUGCCGUGCCCUAAAUCACGGCACGGAGAGGAUCCGUCUGUCGCAGCCGCCCGGCCGUGACGCCCGGGAGCCGGCAGCUCCCGCCCCGCAGAUAGCUCGGGAGCGGGCUGCGAUCUGCUGAGUCCGCGGCAGCAAGUCUGACCGAAAGAGCUGCCUAAGUUUUCCACUGACAAUCGCAGCCGGGCGGAGAGCGCCUGCCCUCGCUUGCCAGCGCGGCCCCAAGGUGCGCUGUGCACGGCUGCGCGCCCGCCUGUGCGGGCAAGGCUGAACGCGGUGAGGGCACAGCACGGCGCGGCAAGGGCCGGGCAAGAAUGGGUAUAUGCCUCUUAAAAUCAGCCUGCGGGAGCUGCCGUGCUGUUUCUGGGAAAGCAGCAAGUGCCAAACGCUUGGCUACUGGCGUAGCCCUGGCUAACUAGAAGAAUGUCUUGUGAGUCUUGAAAUCAAAUCUUCUGAGGAACAAAUUUUUUGAGGUGGAUUUUGUUCUAUGCAAGAGUUAAACUUUUGAAAAUGAUCGCACUGAGAAGCAUUCCACAAUGCCAGACUCACCUGUGGAUGUGAAGACACAAUCCAGGCUGACGCCUCCAACCAUGCCACCUCCUCCCACUACCCAAGGAGCUCCAAGAACCAGUUCAUUUACGCCCACAACGUUAACCAAUGGCACUAGCCAUUCACCAACAGCAUUAAAUGGAGCUCCAUCUCCUCCUAAUGGCUUUAGCAAUGGGCCAUCCUCUUCCUCUUCCUCUUCUCUGGCUAACCAGCAGUUACCGCCAGCUUGUGGAGCUAGGCAGCUCAGCAAGCUGAAGAGAUUUCUUACAACCUUACAGCAGUUUGGCAAUGACAUUUCACCAGAGAUUGGGGAGAGAGUGCGUACCCUUGUGCUAGGACUUGUGAAUUCUACUUUGACAAUUGAAGAAUUUCAUUCCAAACUGCAAGAAGCUACUAACUUCCCACUGCGACCUUUUGUCAUCCCAUUUUUAAAGGCCAAUCUGCCCCUGCUGCAGCGGGAGCUGCUGCACUGUGCAAGGCUAGCCAAGCAGAACCCAGCCCAGUACCUCGCCCAGCACGAACAGCUGCUUCUGGAUGCCAGCACCACCUCACCUGUUGACUCCUCAGAGCUGCUUCUCGAUGUGAACGAAAACGGGAAGAGGCGAACUCCAGACAGAACCAAAGAAAAUGGCUUUGACAGAGAGCCUUUGCACUCAGAGCAUCCAAGCAAGCGGCCCUGCACUAUUAGCCCAGGCCAGCGGUACAGUCCAAAUAAUGGCAUAUCUUAUCAGCCCAAUGGUCUGCCUCAUCCCACCCCACCUCCACCUCAGCAUUAUCGUUUGGAUGAUAUGGCCAUUGCCCACCACUACAGGGACUCAUACAGACACCCCAAUCACAGGGACCUCAGGGACAGAAACAGACCUAUGGGGUUGCAUGGCACGCGUCAAGAAGAAAUGAUUGAUCACAGGCUAACAGACAGAGAAUGGGCAGAAGAGUGGAAACAUCUUGACCACUUGUUGAACUGUAUAAUGGACAUGGUGGAAAAAACCAGACGAUCUCUCACUGUCCUACGGCGAUGUCAGGAAGCAGACCGCGAGGAGCUGAAUUACUGGAUACGGCGGUACAGUGAUGCGGAGGAUUUAAAAAAAGGCGGAAACAGCAGCAGUAGUCAUUCCAGACAGCAGAGUCCAGUGAAUCCAGAUCCAGUUUCGUUAGAAUCUCAUCGGGAAUUCCUUCACAGGCCUGCGU